AUGGCUGGCAGGCCAGCAUUCAUAAGUAGCUCUCACUUUAUUGACAACUGGCAUGAAGAAUUUGGAGCCCACUGUACUGAUUAUGUCCAACUGGCCUUUAUCACUUCUUGUCUCUUUAUUUUUGUGGGAGGUAUAUUUAUCAUCUUAAUGGUCAGAGUAAUCCGAUACAUAUUGCAUAGGUGCUUCUUUAGAUAUACCAUUCAAUUUCAGGUAAGCAUGAAAUUGCUGAAUUUCUGGAAAGGAAAAUUUCAGGACAAGGUGGUAAUGAUGAUUUCAGCUCAGACGUCUAUAGGCCGUGUUCUGGUAAUACUGGUGUUCCUAUUUAGUAUUGGAUCACUCAUCCUUUACUUCAUCAACUGUUACAGUGUUAAAGAGUUUUGUCUCACCUUUGAAGACCGGACAAUUUUGAUCGAUCUAUUCUUUAAUUUAUUUUUUCUUCUGCAUUUUGGAUUGCGGUUUUUGGCAGCAAGUGACAAGCUAGCAUUCUGGUUGGAGCUUAAUUCCAUUGUGGAUUUCUUCACAAUAACCCCAGUCUGUACAGCCUUCUAUCUAGGAAAAAAUUGGCUUGGUUUACGCUUCUUAAAAGCAUUGAGAUUGAUGGAACUUCCCAAAAUUUUGCAGUUUCUCCAAAUCACCACUAGUGGUACUGCAAUCAAGCUGUCCAAACUGCUAGCUGUAUUUGUCAGUACCUGGCUCACGGCUGCAGGAUUUCUUCACUGGAUGGAGAAUACUGGAGAUCCCUGGAUACAUAACGGCAAUCAUCAAACCUUGACUUACUUUGAAUGCUUAUAUUUGAUCAUGGUAACUAUGUCUACAGUUGGAUAUGGAGAUAUCGUGGUCCAAACCACCGUAGGACGUGUGUUCAUACUUUUCUUCAUUGUUGGUGGUCUGGUCAUCUUUGCAAAUUUGCUGCCUGAGAUAGCAGACAUUGUUGGAAGCAGAAAAGUCUAUAUGGGUUCCUAUACAUAUGUGAAAGGCAGAAAGUUUAUUGUUGUUUGUGGCAAUAUCACUCUGAGCAGUGUGACUGCUUUCUUAAGUGACUUCCUAACUCAGCACAAAGGAAACAUUGCCAGUGAGAUAGUCUUUCUGGGAGAAAAUCCUCCCUCUCUGGAACUAGAAACUAUAUUCAGAUGUUAUGCUGCAUAUACCAGUUUUUUCUGUGGUUCUAUCAUAAAUAGUAAGGAUCUUCAGAGAGUUAAGAUGGGUAAUGCUGAAGCAUGCCUCAUUUUAGCUGAUAUAUGUUCUAUUGAUCCUUAUACAGAGGAUAUUUCCAAUGUCAUGAGGGUACUGUCUAUCAAAAAUCAUUUUCCAAACACCAGAGUUAUAAUACAAAUCAUCCAGUCUUCUAACAAGGUUUACUUGCCAAAACUGCCUGGAUGGGAUUGGAGAAAAGGUGAUAGUAUCAUCUGCUUUGCUGAACUCAAGCUUGGAUUAAUAGCUCAGAGUUGUGUGGUGCCAGGUUUGUCCAUGCUGUUGACCAGUUUGUUCAUUAGAGAAGAUAUCCAGCGUAUGGAUGUUUGGAUUAAGCGCCAUCAUGAAAUUGAAGGCCAAGGCUAUAAAGUGAUGACUCAGCUUCUUUCCAAUGAUUUUGCUGGCAUGUCCUUCAAAGACGCUUGUCGACUGUGCUUUCUGAAGCUGGAUCUCAUACUUCUUGCUAUUGAUUUUCGAUCUGGAAAACAAGGAAACAGCAUCCUGAUCAACCCACCUUCUGCAAUUAAACUCCAUUACAACACAAUGGGCUUUUUCAUUGCUGCCUCUGUCCAGGAACUGAAAAGAGCUUAUUAUUACUGUACACAAUGCCACAGUGGGAUCACCAAUCCUGAGCUCAUUGUGAAGUGUCAUUGCAAAAGAAAAAGUGUGAAAAAACCAAUCCCAGAUUCUGGUAAUUUAAUCUUCAUUUCAGUAGCUUUAAUACGUUCAGAAGAAGAAGGAGGAGAAGAAGAAAAAGAAAUAGCUAGUUGUUGCUCAUUGGAUACUACAGGAAUGUUUCAUUGGUGUGAAGCUGUCCCUUUUGAAAUGGCACUCUUGAAACCCAAAAAGAAGUUUUUUAAGGACUUGCGUGAUCAUAUUGUAGUCUGUGUUUUUGGAGAUGCCACUUCAACCAUGAUUGGAUUAAGGAACUUUGUAAUGCCACUGCGAGCUAGCAACUUUGCAUUCAGUGAGUUGAAGGACAUUGUCUUUGUUGGCUGCACUGAAUACCUUGAGCGGGAAUGGGAAUUCAUCCACAAUUUUCCAAAACUUCACUUACUGAAGGGCACUGGAUUAUCUUGUUCAGAUCUCAAGGCAGCUGGCAUCCAAUACUGCAGCAUGUGUGCCGUUCUGUCAGCCAAUCCCAGUGAUGUCAGUGAUCAAACACUAGUGGAUACCAAAUCUAUCUUGGCUACCCUGAAUAUACGUUUCUUGCAGUUCAAGCAAACUUCAUUGACAGUUAAUCCGAAGGGAUUCAGUGAAGAUUCAAUUGGAGUUCAAUCACGCAGUUUUUCCAAACGGAUCUCUGUCAUCACCGAGCUUAAGGUAGCUGCAAAUGCACAGUUCUUUCAGCAGAGUCAAAUGGAAAACUCUGACAAGUCAGACCAUAACUUAUCCAAAGGGGCACUGUUUUCAGACAGCUUUUUGGAUUCUCUGUUGUGCACAACCUACAAUAAUUACCAUGUGCUAGCUUUGCUUCAGACACUGGUGACAGGUGGGACCAGCCCAGAUCUUGAAGAAUAUUUGGCAGACGGGACUUCAAUGAUUGGCAGUAAUAGCAAUAUGAUGUCCUGGGGAGCUAGAAACAGAUGUAAACUGGCUCUUUUAACAUUAAUAGAUGAUCCACAAUUAAUAGAAGGGCUGCUGUUCUUCUUUCACGAUGUGUUCACUAAAGCCCUUGAUAUGUAUGGAAUUCUUUGCUUCGGUAUCUAUCGCCUGAAACCUAACCCCAAUCCAUAUGAAAUCAGGAAAGUAUAGUUUGUGAUUGCUCGACCACCCACUAAUUUUGAGGUCCUUGCUUCUGAUCAACUCUUUUGCCUAGUUCCACAUAAUAUUUUAUCCAAAGACCUAACAAACGUAGUGAAGUCUAUUCCAGCAAAACGUCAAAGGACUACCUUUCAAAAGAAAGAUAAAAUACUCUUGCCCCACACCCUUGAUUUUUGUCAACAUUUCAUCUUAACAACUCAACUUGUUUAA